AUGCGAAGGCUAUCGAUCUCACUCACGAGAAUGACCGGAGAUCUUCGAUGCGAUUCGUUUGGCGCGGUCCUUGAGAAUGUGGUUUUUGAUGCUAGUACUAGAGUCGUGGAUUACCAUGAUACCAGUGUGACGGAGAAUACUCGAUGUGCCUACCCCCUCAGCCACAUACCUAACUCUAUUAUCCCCGCAGUGGUUGAUAAUCAUCCAUCCAACGUGGUCCUGCUCUGUUGUGAUGCAUUCGGUGUUCUACCCCCUGUCUCGGUCCUCGAUCCCGACCAAGUCCAGUAUUACUUCAUAUCGGGCUACACGGCUAAAGUGGCGGGUACGGAACAGGGCAUCACUGAACCUACAGCGACGUUCUCCGCUUGUUUCGGAGCGCCCUUCUUGGUCUGGCAUCCGGUUGUUUAUGCGGAAAUGCUCUCGCAUAAGAUCCAAAAGCACAAGUGCACUGCAUAUCUCCUCAACACAGGCUGGAUUGGGGGUGGUUACGGCGAAGGGAAAAGAUGCAGUCUGAAAUACACACGUAAGAUGAUUGACGCUAUGCACGAUGGAACCAUCAAGGCCAUGCUCGAGGACGGCGAAGACAAUUUUGAUACCCUCCCGUUAUUCAAUCUGAAGGUAUUUGUCAUCCCGCGAUUAUAUGAUUGUAUUUCUCCUCGUAUUGAUAAGGUGCCGAGGUCACUGCCUGGGGUUCCGGAUCAUAUACUAUACCCAAAGGAUGGUUGGGAAGAUAAGGAGAAGUAAGGCUCGUGGAGGCUGGGCGUAUGUGGUUGGAGUUGUGCAUAGGUUUGAUGCCACUCUGAUGAAGUUAGCGAAGUUGUUCGAACAGAAUUUCCAGGAGUACGCAGACAGAUGUCCACAGUCUGUGAGAGAAGCAGGUCCCCAAGUCGAAUAGGCGGGAGCUCUCAUGGCUGGUAUGACUUUUUUAUAUAAGACGUUUUAUGGGGCUCAUCGCUCCUGAGAAUAUUGUAGUUCCACCGAGGAUUUCCAUGUGGAGACCGAGGUGCGAACAGGUCGUUGAGACAGUCGUAUUUAUUUGAGACUAUCGUUAACGGUUGGUUUCUCAGCUG